AUGGUGCAGUACUUAAAAGAAAGAUCUUUAUGUGACACAUUCUUUGUGUCAUGGUCUUGUUCAGCCGCCGCCAAUAUCGCCUCAAGAGACAUGAAUGUCAACCCUGAUUUGCUCACUGAUUUGAUAGGCGUAAAAGGAAACACUCAAUCCAUGAUUUCGUACAUCAAUUCAUCAGUAACAGACAUUUGCCUUGUAGCAGUCGAUUUCGCAGGGCUGUCUACCAAUGUUGGUGAUCUACAAAAAAAUUUCAAAUCAAAACCAGUCCAAAGAUCCAGAAAAGUCUGA